GUGGCAGCUGAACCAAGAGAACAAACAGCUGCUCUGCCCAUUAAUUCACACCACAUCUGGUACAAAGCUUGUUCUAUGGGAUGGACACCAACGCGGAUCUUCAGAGGGAGUCCUGCUAUCUAGGACCUCAUGAACUCUAUUUUAAGAAACUCUCAAAACGAAAAAAACAAGCCAUGGAGAAGAACGGGAAUAACAGAAAACUUCGGGUUUGUGUUGCUACUUGCAACCGUGCCGAUUAUUCUAAACUUGCCCCGAUCAUGUUUGGCAUUAAAACGGAGCCUGAGUUCUUUGAACUUGAUGUGGUGGUACUUGGCUCUCACCUGAUAGAUGAUUAUGGAAACACUUAUCGCAUGAUUGAACAAGAUGAUUUUGACAUUAACACCAGGCUACAUACGAUUGUUAGAGGAGAAGAUGAAGCAGCUAUGGUGGAGUCAGUAGGUCUGGCCCUUGUGAAGCUACCAGAUGUCCUUAAUCGCCUGAAGCCGGAUAUCAUGAUUGUUCAUGGUGACAGGUUUGAUGCCCUGGCUCUGGCUACAUCUGCUGCCUUGAUGAACAUCCGAAUCCUUCACAUUGAAGGAGGGGAAGUCAGUGGAACUAUCGAUGACUCUAUCAGACAUGCCAUAACAAAACUGGCUCAUUAUCAUGUGUGUUGCACCCGAAGUGCAGAGCAACACCUGAUAUCCAUGUGUGAGGACCAUGAUCGCAUCCUUCUGGCAGGCUGUCCUUCCUAUGACAAGCUUCUCUCAGCCAAGAACAAAGAUUAUAUGAGCAUUAUUCGGAUGUGGUUAGGUGAUGAUGUAAAAUGUAAAGAUUACAUUGUUGCACUACAGCACCCUGUGACCACUGACAUUAAGCAUUCCAUUAAAAUGUUUGAGUUAACACUGGAUGCACUUAUCUCAUUUAACAAGCGGACCCUAGUUCUGUUUCAUAUUGAUGCAGGGAGCAAAGAGAUGGUUCGAGUGAUGCGGAAGAAGGGCAUUGAGCAUCAUCCCAAUUUUCGUGCAGUUAAACAUGUCCCGUUUGACCAGUUUAUACAGCUGGUUGCCCAUGCUGGUUGUAUGAUUGGGAAUAGCAGCUGUGGGGUACGAGAGGUUGGAGCUUUUGGAACACCUGUGAUCAACCUAGGAACGCGUCAGAUUGGAAGAGAAACAGGGGAGAAUGUCCUUCAUGUCCGGGAUGCUGAUACUCAAGACAAAAUAUUGCAAGCACUGCACCUUCAGUUUGGUAAACAGUACCCUUGUUCAAAGAUAUAUGGAGAUGGAAAUGCUGUUCCGAGGAUUUUGAAGUUUCUCAAAUCAAUUGACCUUCAAGAGCCACUACAAAAGAAAUUCUGCUUUCCACCUGUGAAGGAGAAUAUUUCUCAAGAUAUUGACCAUAUUCUUGAAACUCUAAGUGCCUUGGCUGUUGAUCUUGGUGGAACAAAUCUCCGAGUUGCAAUAGUUAGCAUGAAGGGUGAAAUAGUUAAGAAGUAUACUCAGUUCAAUCCCAAAACCUAUGAAGAGAGGAUUAAUUUAAUCCUACAGAUGUGUGUGGAAGCUGCAGCAGAAGCUGUAAAACUGAACUGCAGGAUUUUGGGAGUAGGCAUUUCCACAGGUGGUCGUGUAAAUCCUCAGGAAGGCAUUGUGCUGCAUUCAACCAAACUGAUACAAGAAUGGAACUCCGUGGAUCUCAGAACCCCCUUGUCUGACACUUUGCAUCUCCCCGUGUGGGUAGACAAUGAUGGCAAUUGUGCUGCCAUGGCAGAAAGGAAAUUUGGCCAAGGAAAGGGACUGGAAAACUUUGUUACGCUUAUCACAGGCACAGGAAUUGGUGGUGGGAUCAUCCAUCAGCAUGAGUUGAUCCAUGGAAGCUCCUUCUGUGCUGCAGAACUUGGCCACCUUGUUGUGUCUCUGGAUGGGCCUGACUGUUCCUGUGGAAGCCAUGGGUGCAUUGAAGCAUAUGCUUCUGGAAUGGCCUUGCAGCGGGAAGCCAAAAAAUUGCAUGAUGAGGACCUGCUCUUGGUGGAAGGGAUGUCAGUGCCGAAAGACGAAGCCGUGGGUGCGCUCCACCUCAUCCAAGCUGCAAAACUUGGCAAUGCGAAGGCCCAGAGCAUCUUAAGAACAGCUGGAACAGCUCUUGGUCUUGGGGUUGUGAACAUCCUCCACACCAUGAAUCCUUCCCUUGUGAUCCUCUCUGGAGUACUGGCCAGUCACUAUAUCCACAUUGUCAAGGACGUCAUUCGCCAGCAAGCCUUGUCCUCGGUGCAGGAUGUGGAUGUGGUGGUUUCAGAUUUAGUUGACCCUGCCCUGCUUGGUGCUGCCAGCAUGGUUCUGGACUAUACAACUCGAAGGAUCCACUAGAUCUCCCAGAAGUGGACAUGGCUGAGACUCAAGAACUCCUUAGUGGAAUCAAGUUCUCUUUUAGAUGAGCAUUUCUUAAAUAGCAAAUUUAGUAUUUUAUUGCAGGUGACCUUGGCAGAAAGUGUUUUGCUGUUUGUCUCUUUUAAAUUCACCUUUCCCUGUGCCCAUUUUUGUAGAUGCUGCUCUUUCUGAUGUUUUCCUAAUAAGGGUCAUUUUAGCAUAAACCUCUAAGUUCCAGACACAAUCUCCUGUGCUAAAAGGAGCUACAAUAAUAGACCAGGAAGCCUUAGGACUCUGCUUACUAAUGUAUCACCCAGACCUUGCAAGCCUGCUUUGGAUGUGAGCUUCAUAUGAAUGUUUGGGAUAAUAAUAAUUCUUUAUCUAACCCCAAACAGAGAAAAGAAUGGGAUCCAGUCAGGGAACAGAAGAAAAAUUUUACCAAGAAAAGCUUACCUUUUUUUAAAUAGCUUUGUUGAAAUAUUUUUUAAAGUAUACAAUUUGAUAAGCUUUGACUUAUGUAUAUACCUAUGAAACUAUCACCACAAUAAAGACAUUGGACAUGCUGGGCUUGGUGGAGCACACCUGUAAUCCCAGUCACUCAGGAGGCUGAGAGAAGAUUGCAGGUUUGAGGCUAGUCUUGGCAACCUAGCAAGAGGAUCCUGUCUCCAAGUUAAAAAAAAAAAAAAAGGUAAAAUACUUUUCUAGCAUGUGCCAGGCGCUGGGUUCAAUCCCCAU